UUGUUUUUAUUUAUUUUUACCUAUUACACAGGUAGGCCUAUGUGUAUUGGUUGAACAUUCGUGUAAUUCAAUAACAUUGUAUAGUGUAAACACCUGUUAAUAAUAAAAUGUGUGGCGAUAUAUAAAGGAAUCACCAAUUGCUGACCGAAAGUACCUUGACAAUUUUAUUAAACUGAAGAUGUUGUGCCUUAUCUGUGGUAGCAGAGUUUCUAGAGCCAAAGCCACGGCAGUCACGGGUCCUCCUGAGGAUUCCUCAUUGCUGUAUUACCUGCAAAUGUGCAUGAUCGUUGAUGCAUUCCCAAAAGAGUCUAUAUCUUACGUAUGCUCUAAUUGUAUUGGGGAGAUCUACCAAUGUUCUGAAACUUUGAAUAAAAUAUCUCUUACAAGACAUUUGAAUAAAAAAGACAAGACGGCAAACAGAAGCCUGUCGAAAUGCUUUCUUUGUGGCGUAACAGAUAAAAUUCGUACAGUACGUCUGUCGGAAAUUGACUCGAAACGUAUCAUAGUCAAUAAACUACUUGGUUAUUCUCAGUCGACUUUUCCUUUUAUUUUUUCGUGCGACAUUUGUUACAAGGUGUUGAAUGACUUACAUCACAUCCAUGAAAACAUAUUCAAAACCUCUAUGAAAGUCGCCGAUUAAAUGUUUAAUGAAGCAAUAGUAGACAUGUUAUAUAAAAUAUAUACCCAUUGUAUUAAUACGUCUAUGUAUAAUCGUUUAGUCCAAAAUAAAAAUCGUUAGAAACGUUUUGGAUGUUUUUUAAAAUUAAAAUAAAAAGCAAUUUGUAUUUCCUAACCAUUAUUAAUUAAGAAAUAUUUACCGAAAGGAAAGCUUCCAAGAGGGCAAGUUAAGUUAUAAAUCAUAUGGGGUAUUGGACUUAAA